AUGUCACGAAUUCCAAGUCUUCUGUUUUUCACCAACAGCGAUUACGGCCAAGCCAACGUCAUUCUAGCGACAGCACACGCGAUUGGCCUCGCUGACCCAGAUGUCGAAAUCCACAUCGCCUCGUUCCAAGACCUGGAAACCGGCGUCGAUGAUGCUUCCAAAUUCAUGCAGGCGUCAGCCGUCCAGCAGGAGCUACGAACCCCGAAGGCCUUCAUCUUUCAUGAAGUGAAAGGAAUUAGCUGGGGACCAGCGACAAAACGUCCUGGGACAGCAAUUUUUGACACGCUAGAGCUGACUCCGGGUUUUGUCAAUUCGGCUAAAGGCGUUGCUACUCUACCGGCUGUUAUGGUUCCUUGGACACCGGAAGAGUACUUGGCAAUUUAUUUGGAGACGCAGCGAAUUUUUAAUGAGGUGCAGCCGGACUUGACCAUCGUUGAGCCUUUGUAUACACAUGGCUUGACAUUCUGUCAUCACCGACAAGCCAAGUUUAUGGUCCUGUCACCAAACACGAUCAAAGAGUUUGCUGUUCCAGUCCAACCAAGACUGGCUGCAUUGUGGAAAUAUCCGAUGGCAUGUUCAGCGCUACCGUAUCCUAUACCUUGGAGUCUCAUCCCCGUCAACAUUGCCUUCAGCUUUGUAGCUGGUUAUACCUUGCUCACAGACAAACGAUUGAAGGACGCGACGAAGAUUUUACACAAAGAGGUUGAUAAGUCAAUUCAACUCAUGACCAUGAUGGAGCUCGGUGUCUUGAGACCGGCACCUGCUAAUCUCCCCAUCCUCGUGGCCAACAGUCCCGACAUCGACUACCCAUUCAGUGUCAUUCCGACUCAACUCACCUCCUGUGGUCCUAUUGUACGCGCCGCCCCGCGUCUCGCAGACGUUGACCCUGAUUUAGCUGCAUGGUUGAGUCGAGGACCAACAGUAUACAUAAAUCUGGGCACACAUCACAAGUCAAACCCGACUGAGGCAUAUGAAAUGGCUAAAGCUCUCAAAAGGGUACUGGAGAAGGAUGGGGAGUGGGGAUCUACUGAGAAACCUCUCCAAGUCUUGUGGAAGCUGGGAAGAAAGCCGGAUCAAAAGCCAUGCAAUGCUGUGGAACCAGAUUCGUAUCUUGGCGACUGGCUUUGGGCGACUGAUGCAUUGCAAAAGUAUAUCAAACAAGACAGAGCACGUGUCACGGAUUGGCUUGUGGCUGAGCCGAAGUCUGUGCUUGAGUCAAAAAACAUUGUAUGUUCUGUCAAUCAUGGCGGAGCGAAUUCCUUCCAUGAAGGGCUAUGUGCCGGUAUCCCGCAGGUACUUCUGCCCGCUUGGACAGAUUGCUAUGACUUUGCCAACCGAGUGGAGCUUCUUGGCAUUGGACGAUGGGGAAAUAAGAAAGCGAAACCCCGUUGGACCGAAGAUGAACUAUCGGAGGCGAUUCUAGCUACCCUGUUUGGACCGGAGUCAGUGGACAUACAAAAAGCUGCCCAGGAGGUUGCAAGUCGUCAUCCGGAAUGGGAAGGUCGACAGAAAGCUGCGGAAGAGAUUCUCAAAUAUUUACACAAUGCAGAUUAG